AGGCCAUUUGAUUCAAUCGACAUCACCCACACCUCAUUUACGCUACCUCUACACUUCUCAUCUCUCUAGCUCUCUUCACACACACACACACAACACAACACAACUACCACCUAGGCACCUACAACAAUAAGCACUUACAGCCCACCACCUAGCUUCUCUUCUCUCUCCGUCUUGUGACACACAUACAUAGCAAUUGCAAGAAAAUUCCUCAAAUUUGCAACACCUCAUGGCAAAAUCCCUCAAUUCUUGAGCAAAGGAGAUGUGCUCCCUCAAAUUUGUGUGAAUUCCCUCAAAUCUCACAGCAAUUUGUUUGAAGAGGAAGAUGUGCAAAAUCCUGUGAGACCUCCUCAAAUCUCACAACAAUUUGUAUCAAGAGAAAAAUGUGCAAAAUCCCUCCUCUUAGACCUCUGACUUUCUCACAGCAUUUCUCGAUUUUGAAUGUUAUGUGAUUUUGCAUCCAUGGGUGUUGGUAAUGGUUGAUUGGCGGGUGGUGGUGUGUGCAUGUGUAUACCAUUGGAGGGGAGGGACACCAUGGGGUCUGAGGCUGACGGUGGGAGAUGGAUGCUGUGCAGGGAUGGUUUUUAUCUACCACAAAGCUUUCCCAAUGCCUGCACUGGCAUUUAAAUUCAAUAGCACAGACCCGCUGUCAGGUGAUGAAGUGGAUGACUCUGCACAAUUCAUCUCAUCUGUGUGUUGGCGCGGUCAAUCAUCUACCUUAGUUGCUGCGAAUUCGUUGGGAAAUAUCAAGAUUUUGGAGAUGGUUUAA